AUGCCGGGAUCAGAUCAAGAUCGCGCCUUCCGCUCCAAGGACUCGAAACGAUCAGAACCAAAAAACCUCAAGGCCAUUCGAAUGCUCGCUCGUAUGUGGUUUAGUUUUGUAUCGAUAUUCAUAUCCGCAUCCUUUGGACAUUACACAAGAAUCACGAUUACAAAUGUUUCUUUCCAUGCUGGGCAAUAAACCACGGCUAUGACUUUCCGCUGGCAGUCAACUAGGCCGAAUCGUACGCCCAGCGAUCGAUCGACCUCAAAUCUAUCGCCACUCGCUGUUCGAACAUUUCCGCGAGGUCUCUCCAAUCGCCACAAUGUCCCUACUGGAACUGUGGCAUCACGCAUCUCGCAUCUACAGAGCCUGGCAAAUCCAAGCGUGGCUCCUCCUGCUUCCCCUACUGGAUCUCGACGAAGGGAGACUUCCAGGACCGGCUUUGGUAGGCGUCUAGCCAGCCGUUUCGCGCAACCCGCAUUGAGAAAUAGAGAGCCAGACGAUGAUGAAUACAGUCAAGUUGACGUUCAUCAUUCAUUUCUUGGUUUGACCAAUCCCCGAAAGAACCAUGAAGAGGAACAUGCCAGGGCUCAUUUAUUCAAAGAUAAAAAAUCAACGUAUCCUCACUCUUGGAGAUCUCGCCAGACGACCAACUCCCAUCUAGUCAAGAGUUCCGAAGUCUUGAAAGCUCGAUCGAAAAGUUCGGCGGAGACAUAUGUCUUCAGUGACGAGUCUGUAGACCACUACAGCGCCGAUCCGUUUCGCCGAGACCUAGGCCCAGAACAUAAGGCGUUUGAUUCGGAGAUCUCGUUAAAUACAACGUCUUCAAUGCGACGCCAAAGUGUGGUUGAUCUGUAUCAUGAGUAUGGCAUCGAGCGACCAGCAAGACUUGUGUCAUCUCGAGGACCCUCUCCCUCUCACACAGAUGAUACGCCCAGACAGGCACACGCUCAAUGGACAUGUCAUAACUGUAGUUGGACCAAUAAUAGCUCUACACCUGACUGUUGGAGAUGUCAUGUCUCCGCCAAUGAUGGAAAGCUUGAUGUAUCCGACGGUGCUGGCGCAAGCAAAACGGAUAAAAAGGCAAGAAAGCCAAAGCCAAAACCAAUUUUUGAACCACAAACGCCCAACCCUCCAAAGGCCAAACGAGUUUCGAGGCAGAAGUCCACCCCUACAAUCAAAUUUCCAUCAUUCGAUGCCAAAAUUACGACUACUGCUAGCAAAGAUUCUCGAGGCCCUUCGCCAACAAGUCACGUUGUCUCAAAAGAAUUGGGACAAACGCCUCGUAAUGUAUCACAAAAGCUGAGACCGCAACAAUCUGCGCCAGAACAAUCGAAUCAGCCUCUUUCGGUCCCCGGAUUAUCACCAUCAAGAGGUCAGAUGAAAAGGGUCCAGGAGUCACCUUUUACAAAAGCAGAUCGAGGAACCGUCUUCCGCUCCAAAAAGCGACCGAAGAAUGGUUCAUCAGACUCGCCCGAGAAGUCAGAGUGUAUAAGCCCUAGUUGCCGUGCGGCUUAUGGAGGGCAUAAACCACACCGUCAUACCAUAACCUGCACUUGGAAUAUGCGUCGCAUUCAGGAGCAUACAGAUAAGGGAUAUGCAGCAGAUACUAGUCACAUAGGGGACACAACUGCCUCCUAUAACUCCUUCGCUAUUGCCUCCGAAUCGGAUUCCCAUGUGUUCCAUUCAGCACGAGAGUUUAGAUCUGAUGUAUCCCAGACUGCAAAGGGUGAGUUAGAAGGAGAAACCUAUUCCCUAAAACAAGUCAGAUGUGAUGGAUAUCCUCGAACAGGUCAUGAAUUUCUUGGCAGCCCAUUUUGCCCAGAUACUGUGGGAGAAUGCCAGCAUUGCCCAGACGACUGUGGCUGCGAAGCGUGUCAAGAAGCACCUCAUACUGUUAGAUGUUGUGUACAUCGUGACCAUGCCAAGAUACCACAUUAUCAUUUGAUACAUCGAGACGAAGCUACUGACUUUUCGGCAGGCAAUCCAGCCAACAUACCCACAGAUGAAAAAUCGGCCAUUCGUCCUGAUGACACAAGCCGGACGAGCACUGUUGUGCCGCCAAAACCUCUAACCAAGAAGGUGAGUAGGCUUAUUCUCAUUGGGCGAGGCACGGAGGUUCAUCUCUAGGAUUUUUCGAAUUAUCCUUUGUAAACCGAGUCACUGCUGAUGCCAGCACAGAAGUCUAGCUUGCCGAAACCACCAAUUCCACCUAAAAAGAUGUCGCUGAAAGAAUUCCAGCGGAGGAAAUUCCCGGGUCAUGACAUCAACAAAACAGCACCUGGGCGCUUGGUCGAUGAUCAGUUGAAAUCAACUUUGAAAGAAGGUUCGCUAUCGGAUGCAACUACAAUCUUGUCAAACAAUCCCACUUCAUCCACGACACGACUUCAAAGUUUGCAAACCGGUAUUACUACACCCGAGCGCGUGGAGCUUUCUCUGCAAGCACGCCAGGAUACAGUUGCCCCGAAGCCCCUUCAAAAAUCGGAAGCUGAGGGCGAAACUCCUGUAAAGAGUGACUGGGACACUCCCUUGAAGAGAUCACACAAGGACUUCCCACCAGGCUUCAAAUUGAGGGAUAAAUCCAGUGUUCCACUUUUGACGAACAGACUGCACGAGCACCAGGAAGAACUCAGAAGCCGUAGAGGGGGGAAGUCCGAGGACACCUUGGUCUCCUCGGUACCAUUUCCCAAACCUCAGAUUGCAACACCAAAGGGUCUCAAAGAUUGCAAUGAGAAUUGCGUUAGCCCCGCCAUUCCAAAUCAGAAAAAGAAAUUGAGAUUGAAAGUUGGAAGCCGGGUCAAUAUGGAUGGAUCUCCUUCAUCCUUUGAAAAUCAGAGAUUGAGUCAGAGUAAAGAUGGUGGAGUGGAAGGUAGCAGUGGAAGUGAGUGGAGAGAGGAACGUUCCGGGCCCUUGAGUAAGUCAGAUAUGCAUGAGUGUAUCUGGAGAAAACUAUUCUUGGAGGAACAAGGUGGGGAUAAAAAUGGGGACGUGAAGCAGAAUGAGAUGCAUCUUAAGAGAGGGGGAAUCAAGGGGAUCAAACUUGUUAUUGAGUUAUUCGGAAAGGAGGAUUUGGUGUUAGAGGGGGAGUUUUAGGGAAGAGAGGAAAGGGAGAGAUUGUAUAAGGGUUAUUGGUGUUAGUGAGUUUUGAGAAGUUUCAGAUUACUGGUGUUGGAUUUGGAAUAGAUUGGUCUUGGGGCGAGGAGGAUGAGGAGGGUUUGAAUGGCUUGAAUGACUGGCUUACUUUGGGGGUUAUUCUCCAUUGGUGUAGUGAGUGAGUGGUAUUGGUAUAAGAAUAGAUUGAUUGCAUGCU